AUGCGGCCGCAGCUGUUCCGUGCGGCCGCCCGGUCUCUCCGGGUUCCUAAGGUCACCCGCAGGACCUUCGCGACGACAGCCCCUCGCGCGGCCGAGGUGGAACUCACCAUUGAUGGCAAGAAAGUGUCGGUAGAAGCCGGUUCGGCUCUUAUCCAAGCCUGUGAGCAGGCAGGCGCAACAGUCCCCAGAUACUGUUAUCAUGAAAAACUUCUGGUUGCGGGAAACUGUCGUAUGUGUCUCGUCGAAGUCGAACGUGCCCCGAAGCCGGUUGCCUCCUGUGCCUGGCCAGUACAGCCGGGUAUGGUGGUCAAGACGAACUCGCCGCUGGUUCACAAGGCUAGAGAGGGUGUGAUGGAGUUCCUUCUUGCCAAUCAUCCCCUCGAUUGCCCCGUUUGUGACCAAGGAGGAGAGUGCGAUCUCCAAGACCAGUCGAUGCGUUAUGGUGCCGACCGGGGUCGAUUCCACGAAACCGGCGGAAAGCGUGCUGUGGAGGAUAAAAAUAUUGGGCCCCUGGUCAAGACUUCGAUGAACCGAUGCAUUCACUGCACUCGUUGUGUCCGAUUCAUGAAUGACGUUGCCGGUGCCCCCGAACUGGGAACGACUGGACGUGGAAACGACAUGCAGAUUGGAACCUACCUCGAGCAGAACCUCGAUUCGGAGCUGUCAGGCAAUGUUAUUGAUCUUUGCCCAGUUGGUGCGCUGACUUCAAAGCCUUAUGCGUUCCGGGCACGUCCAUGGGAGCUGAAACAUACCGAGUCGAUCGAUGUUCUUGAUGCCCUUGGCUCUAACAUCCGCAUCGAUAGCAGAGGCCUGGAAGUCAUGCGAGUCGUCCCAAGGUUGAAUGAUGAUAUCAACGAGGAAUGGAUUAACGACAAGUCGCGGUUUGCGUGCGAUGGACUAAAGACCCAAAGGCUCACCACUCCGCUCAUUCGUCGGGAGGGCAAAUUUGUUCCCGCAACCUGGGAACAGGCUCUCAUGGAAAUCUCUGCGGCCCACCAAAAGCUCCAGCCGCAAGCUAAUGAGUUCAAGGCUGUUGCCGGACACUUGGUUGAUACCGAGUCGCUCGUCGCCAUGAAGGACCUGGCGAACAAGCUUGGCUCCGACAACCUCGCCCUCGAUCAACCAGGUGGCAGCGCCCCUAUCGCUCACGGUAUUGAUGUUCGUUCCAACUACCUGUUCAACUCCAAGAUCUAUGGCAUAGAGGAAGCAGAUGCCAUUCUUCUGGUUGCGACAAACCCUCGCCAUGAAGCCGCAGUCCUCAACGCUCGCAUCCGCAAGCAGUAUCUCAGGUCCGAUCUUGAGAUUGGUCUUGUUGGUGAGGAGUUCGAGAGCACCUUCGACUUCGACCACCUCGGUACUGAUGUCUCUUCCUUGAAGACUGCCUUGUCCGGAGAGUUUGGCAAAAAGCUUGCUGCCGCUCAACGGCCAAUGAUCGUCGUUGGUAGCGCUGCCGCGGAGCAUCCCGACGCCAAGGCAAUCUUCGAGGCCGUCGGCGGCUUUAUCGAGAAGCAUGCCGACAACUUCAUCACUCCUGAGUGGCAAGGAUACAAUGUUCUCCAGCGCGCAGCGUCUCGAGCUGGCGCUUACGAAGUUGGCUUCACUGCGCCAUCCUCGGAAGUUGCUCAAACUACACCAAAGAUGGUAUGGCUCUUGGGCGCCGACGAGGUCGCCCAGAGCGAGAUCCCCAAGGACGCAUUCGUCGUCUACCAAGGACACCAUGGUGACCGCGGUGCCCAGCUUGCUGAUGUCGUUCUACCAGGUGCCGCUUACACUGAAAAGUCUGGCACAUACGUCAACACAGAGGGUCGUGUUCAGGUUACCCGUGCUGCCACGUCACUCCCCGGGGCUGCUCGUGAUGACUGGAAGAUCAUUCGUGCGACUAGCGAAUUCCUUGGUGCCCCACUGCCUUACGAUGAUAUCGAGGCUCUUCGUGACCGCAUGGAGGAGAUCAGCCCUGUGAUGCGUCGCUACGACGUUGUUGAGCCAACUUCCGUUGGCUCGUUGAGCAAGGUCCAACUUGUAGACCAGAACAAGGGCUCUUCGACGACUGGAGCUCCUUUCAAGAAGGUUAUCGAAGACUUCUUCUUUACUGACGCUAUCUCCCGAAGCUCGCCCACCAUGGCUCGUGCCUCUGCUGCCAAGGCUACUGGAAACCCUGAGACCAACUUCAUGGCUGCAGGAGAGAUGUCUCCCCAGGCUUUGUAUGGCUAG